AUGGCGAGUAAUUCACAGAGAGACAAGUCUGUAAUCGUUGAUGAUAAGAUUAUAUUGAACGUUGGUGGAAUCAAGUACGAAACGUGCAAGAGCACCUUUACUGCUUAUCCAGAGACAAUGCUGGGAACCAUGUUUCAUGAAAGAAACAAGUUUAUGUUACAUCCAAUAUCAGGAAAUGAGCACUUCAUUGACAGAGAUGGUCUUUUGUUUCAGUAUGUGAUGAAGUUCUAUCGAACAGGAAAAGUGCCCCGUCUAGAUGAAAUAAUAACACCUGUACCCAUUUCUCAGGAAGAACUCGAUGAGGAGCUUGACUUUUUCAUGAUUCCACGUAAUAAACCCGUUCGCGUAAAACCCGCCAAAAGAGUCCACGUUCGCGAUUCAAUAAUCUCGUCGCAACUCGCUGCCUUUAUCAACGCCCUCCGACAAAUAAUCAGCAUUCUCUUUUUACAAUUCAAGGAAGAAUUUCUCAUCAAUCGACAUUUUCCAAUUGGGAUACAAUUAACAUUCUAUGAACGAAAAAAGGUACGAAUAUUUAUCAUUGCCCCACCCUCGGGCUUAAAAUCCCGUAUAGAGAAGAUCAUUCAGCCGUUCGAAGGUAUCGGGUUUUGUUUGUUGGAAGGAUUCGCCGAGGAUGUUGAGAGAUACUUUGAAGACAGCAUCACGGGAAUCGAGUGGGAUUGCAUCGAGAGGAGAAAGUACUUGGAGCAUGGAGGAAUGGUGAAAUUGUUUGAUUUGAGGAUUACGUUGGAUGACAAGUGUGACAAGACAGAUCUGAUAAAGAGCUGUUGCUUGAAGAGAGGAAUAGGUGAGAACGGAUAA